AUGCCUGUUCGUGUAAUACUUUUUAUCUGGUUCCCUGCGGUGUUGUGUGGCGUUACAGACGCAGGAUUUUUCUCGGCGGUUGUACGGCUGGAAAAACUGGUGCAGAAGGAAAGAGAGGUCGUGGCUAGGGUGAAGCGGUACAUACAGGAAGGCGGACAAGUGUCUGCAGAUAUGCAACGAUACGUCAACAGUUUUGAUGACGGCUCUCCCCGGCAUGACAACAUCGCACACCACCCCGUCAGGGCUUACCUCCUGAUCAAGCGACUGAGUCAGGCCCCCAACAACCUGUCUGAGGCACAAGUACUCACCGGAGAAGAAGUCGAGCUGCCGACCGCUGAAGACCUGUACAUGUCCGCCCUCGCUCUGGUCAGACUGCAACACGUGUACAACCUGGACAUGCGCAGUCUCGUCCAGGGGCAGAUUGUGAUGGUGCAGCAACCAGCCAAUGACAGACAGCCUGAAAUGGUGAACGUCAUCAGCACAAAAGACCCGACUCUCUCAUUGGACACUUCAGACACGUUCUAUAUCGGGGAUGUGGCAUAUAAGGAAAAUAGCUUCUACCAGGCCAUGCUGUGGUUCAACAUGACCUUGGAGAUGUUGAAGGUCAAGGACGAACCGACUGAGCAGGGUUUGAAGAUCCUAGAUGUUCUACUGAAGUUAGCGGAUACAGUACAGAGGAUCAAGUGGGACAAGGCUGUGUCCAAGGCGAUGAUAAAGUUAGGAAACGUUUGUGCGGAUGAGAGUGAAUUCUGCCCUCAGUGGGCCAGUAUGGGGGAGUGUGACAUCAACACGAAAUUCAUGAUGUACACUUGUCGCUUGAGUUGCGGCGUCUGUGAAGUUGGACAAAACGUGAAGGCACACAAGGAUGACGCCAAUGCAGACGAUCUAAGACUUCUCUCAAACUUAUUAAGAAACGUCACGUCAUCCAUAAGAAAGCCUUUCUAUGUUCACGAAAACCUCUGCCGCCUGGGAGUUCUCAAGAACCAAGCUCCCCCACACCCGACGCUUACCUGUAGAUACGUCCGCCCCAGCCCGUACUUCUACCUCAGUCCGGUCAAGAUGGAGGUUCUGCACGACAGGAGCCCACUGGUCACCCUGUAUCAUGACGUCAUCACCGACAAGGAGGCCGACUUUAUGACGGAUAUGGCGCUCCAGAAGUUGGCGAGGUCUCCAAUACAGGCCGCAGAUGGACGCGGGCCGGAUGUCUUGAGUUCGACCAGGAUCAGUGAAACUGGGUGGCUAUUCGACGCUGAAGAUCCGAUGAUCGCGAAGUUGAGUCGCCGGGUUGGGCACAUCACUGGUCUGGAAAUCAACUGUCCUGCUGCCGAGGCGUUUCAGGUGGUGAACUACGGAUUGGGAGGACUUUACGAGCAACAUGUGGACGUUUUGAGGGUUCCUGAACCAACCCUGCUUUGCUUGUCACAGGAUAAGCAACCGGAGAUGAUGCCAACUGGUGAGAGGAUUGUAACUUUCCUCUUCUAUCUUAGUGAUGUUGAAGCCGGUGGGGCAACAGUAUUCCCUAAUCUUAACCUGGCUGUCCAUGCUGCUAAAAAUAGUGCAGUGUUGUUUCAAGAUUUGAAGAAAUCUCUAGCCUUUGAGGAGAAUUCACUACAUGCUGGUUGUCCUGUUCUAUUGGGGUCCAAAUGGAUUGCAAACAAGUGGAUACGUGCACAUGGUAAUGAGUUCAGGUGGCCAUGUGGUCUCACACCGGAAGAGUGAUGGUCUCACACCAACGUAACACAUUGGAGGAGUGGGUAGAAUACACCUGUGAAACGACCCCGAAGAGAAUGGAGCAACUGUCUUGGAAAACAAUGAUCCUCAAUAUUGUCCCAUGUAGAAUUUGUAAAGAAAAUAAUGUCACAUAUCAAUACAAAGACAAUGCAUAAAAGGUUUUUAUUAGAUAAAUUAUUAUGGUGCAAUAAACUAAUGUUACAGUUAACCAAUAAAUUUCUUGCCUAAAUGGUGAUGUUGACUCAAUAGCUAUUUCACUACUUUUCCUUCUGGUGACCAUGACUAUACACAAAAUAAUCAAUAUCUGAGGUAUACAGACACCUGACCUAAAAUUAGCCAGUGGCAGAGCACAAGUAGUUAGUAGAUAUUUUCUUUACACCAUUGUCAAGGUUGUACUCAUUAUCUGCUGCAUUUAUUUUGCCACUGUAAAUACAUCAACACAUCUGUAAAUAUACAUGUAUGUUAAAAUUUCUCUUCUUGUUAGCAUUCAGGGCAGGAUAUUCACAUAAAACACUAUACAUAAUUUCUGCU